CGCCAAUGAGAGGCGUUGGCGCUCAGAGCGCUGUUUCGGAGAGCUCAGGGUCCGGAGAGCAAGCGGUUAAGCGGCGCUGUGUAGUUGGAAGUUUCCUGACAGGGAAGCGCUGAGGCGCCGGGAACGUCGCGGAGUGACGGGUAAGUAGCGGAUUAGUUUAGAAAAUGCCUGCCCAAAAGUAUGAGAAUGGCGAGACUGUGAUGGCCCGAUGGCCGGGGAGCAGCCUGUACUAUGAAGUGCAAGUGGUAGAAUUCAAUACCCAGAAGCAGGAAUAUAAAGUCCUUUAUAAAGAUGGAACUGACCUGGAUCUACAGGAGGGGGAACUUAAGAGACCGAAUGUCUUCAACAGAGCCUCGAACAAGAAAAGAUCCUCCUCUCCCUCGAGACGCAGGAGUCGAUCGAGGUCCCGAUCUCCAGGUCGCUCUCGCUCCCCAGGCCGGCGCCGUUCCCCUCAGCGGGCAAGUUCUCCGGGGCGACCCACAAAGAAUGGACAUCAGACAUCUCUAAUCAAAGAUAUUAAAAAAGGGGAUACACUUCAAGUGCACCUAACCCCUGUGAAAUUGCAGGAUUACAGUACUGGAAAAUAUAACGGGGAGCCUGAAGGCUUUGAAAAAACAAUUGCAACCCUCAGAGCACCGAUAAAAUCAGUGGAGCUGUUGGAGGAAGAGGAGGAAAGGAAUGAGAAGGUUUUGCGAUACAGCCUGAGCCCGCGGAAGGAGAGCAGCAUUCCAAAGGGGAUUGUGCUGACAGACAGCGGGCCGACAGAAAGCCUGCCAGAAACCGCUGAGAAGAAUGCCGAGAAUCCAAAACUGGCAUUUGGAGGAACAGUCGGCUGCCUCCUAUUUAUGAUCUGCUUCCUGGCUCUCCUGUACUGCCUCCUAGUGGCCUGUGGGCCGCACAGAGCCUCCGUCUAUCCAUCUCUGGAACUUCUGGACGCUCAAGUGUUUGGAUUCUUUGUUCUGUGGAUAUUCCUUCAAGCAUUCUUUGCAAUUCUUCCACUUGGAAAGGUUGUAGAUGGCGUACAGCUUGGAAACGGGAGCAGGCUGAAGUAUCGUAUGAACGGAAUCCAUGUGUUCUUUCUGACUGCAGCGACAGCGGCGGCCAUGAUGUAUUAUUACAAGAUCAACAUCCUUUAUGUAUAUGAGCAUUAUCUUCAGUUUGCAGCUUCUGCCACAUUGUUUUCUCUUUUCUUGAGCAUUUAUCUUUAUGUGCGGUCCUAUAGGGUCCCCAAUGAGGAGCUUUCUUGGACAGCAAAUUCAGGGAGCUUCAUCUAUAAAUUCUUCAUGGGCCGAGAGAUAAACCCACGGAUCGGAAAUCUUGACUUUAAAAUGUUCUUUGUGUUUCAGCAAUCAUUUAUGGCCUGGGUUCUUAUUAACGCAGUCAUGCUCUUUGCUGAAAUGGAAGUACAAGGUCGGGAUGAGCCGUCCCUAUCGAUGAUAUUGGUGAACAGUUUGCAGCUGCUCUACGUGCUCGAUGGUUUCUGGAAUGUGGAAUAUUUUUUAAUGUCACCGGAUGUUAAUGAUGGAUUUGGUUUCUUGUUGGCAUUUGGAAGUGCGGCAAUCCUCCCAUUCACGUACUCCUUACAGGCUUAUUACUUGGUGAACAAUCCUGUGGAUUUGCCGUGGCAGGCAGCCUGCGCCAUUGUGGCCUUGAACCUUCUGGGUUUUAUCAUUUACCGAGGAGCCAAUAGUCAGAAGUCGGCCUUCAGGCAGAAUCCAGAUGAUCCGAGGCUUUCCCAUCUGAAAACUCUCCCGACCUCGGCCGGAAGCAAACUCCUGAUCUCUGGUUGGUGGGGAUUUGUCCGCCGCCCCAAUUACUUGGGCGACAUAAUCAUGGGCGUGGCCUGGUGUUUGCCCUGCGGCUUUAAUCACAUUGCGCCCUAUUUCUACGCGAUCUUCUUGCUAGUUCUUCUCCUGGACCGAGUAGCCAGGGACGAGCAGAGAUGCAGGGAGAAGUACGGGCCGGACUGGGACAAGUACUGCAAACAUAUAAAAUCAGUGGAGCUGUUGGAGGAAGAGGAGGAAAGGAAUGAGAAGGUUUUGCGAUACAGCCUGAGCCCGCAGAAGGAGAGCAGCAUUCCAAAGGGGAUUGUGCUGACAGACAGCGGGCCGACAGAAAGCCUGCCAGAAACCGCUGAGAAGAAUGCCGAGAAUCCAAAACUGGCAUUUGGAGGAACAGUCGGCUGCCUCCUAUUUAUGAUCUGCUUCCCGGCUCUCCUGUACUGCCUCCUAGUGGCCUGUGGGCCGCACAGCGCCUCCGUCUAUCCGUCUCUGGAACUUCUGGACGCUCAAGUGUUUGGAUUCUUUGUUCUGUGGAUAUUGCUACAAGCAUCCCUUGCAAUUCUGCCACUUGGAAAGGUUGUAGAUGGCGUACAGCUUGGAAACGGGAGCAGGCUGAAGUAUCGUAUGAACGGAAUCCAUGUGUUCUUUCUGACUGCAGCGACAGCGGCGGCCAUGAUGUAUUAUUACAAGAUCAACAUCCUUUAUGUAUAUGAGCAUUAUCUUCAGUUUGCAGCUUCUGCCACAUUGUUUUCUCUUCUGUUCAGCGUUUAUCUUUAUGUGCGGUCCUAUAGGGUCCCCAAUGAGGAGCUUUCUUGGACAGCAAAUUCAGGGAGCUUCAUCUAUAAAUUCUUCAUGGGCCGAGAGAUAAACCCACGGAUCGGAAAUCUUGACCUCAAAACUUUCUUUAUGUUUCAGCUUGCAUUAAUCAGCUGGGUUCUUAUUAACGCAGUCAUGCUCUUUGCUGAAAUGGAAGUACAAGGUCGGGAUGAGCCGUCCCUAUCGAUGAUAUUGGUGAACAGUUUGCAGCUGCUCUACGUGCUCGAUGGUUUCUGGAAUUUGGAAUACUUUUUAAUGUCACCGGAUAUCACUCGUGAUGGAUUUGGUUUCUUGUUGGCGUUUGGAAGUGCGGCAAUCCUCCCAUUCACGUACUCCUUACAGGCUUAUUACUUGGUGAACAAUCCUGUGGAUUUGCCGUGGCAGGCAGCCUGCGCCAUUGUGGCCUUGAACCUUCUGGGUUUUAUCAUUUACCGAGGAGCCAAUAGUCAGAAGUCGGCCUUCAGGCAGAAUCCAGAUGAUCCGAGGUUUUCCCAUCUGAAAACUCUCCCGACCUCGGCCGGAAGCAAACUCCUGAUCUCUGGUUGGUGGGGAUUUGUCCGCCGCCCUAAUUAUUUGGGCGACAUAAUCAUGGGCGUGGCCUGGUGUUUGCCCUGCGGCUUUAAUAACAUGGUGCCCUAUUUCUACGCGAUCUUCCUGAUACUUAUUCUCCUGGACCGAGUAGCCAGGGACGAGCAGAGAUGCAGGGAGAAGUACGGGCCGGACUGGGACAAAUACUGCAAACAUGUGCGCUACCGCUUACUCCCAUAUGUUUACUAGCCCGACGCACCGUAGGCCCCGCCCCCCCGGGGGGUUACCCAAAACCUGUGUAGAACGACCUGUAUAUAAUGUUUUUACAAAUUCUUUUUUUUUAAAAAAUAUAUAUUUUUAAGUGCAAAUAUAUUUAAAAGAAGGUAUUUAGCAAAUCUUACGCCCACGCUUGCCGUUUGCUCAAAGUUCCGUUUCAUGGUAUAAACUUCAUUGGGGAAUCCGUUUUUAGUAGAGAUAAUUGGCUCCGGCGGAACCCAGACAAACUGGUCAGUUGGCCUUACUUUUUAUUUACUUAUCAAAUGUAUAUAAAGCAACUUCCUGCCAUUCAUUAUUUAGUAUUUCCUAACCAAUUCCCACCUAUUGGGGCCCCCAACCGGGCCUAGAGCAGCCGCAUACACAGAACCCCAACUCUCCCUGUGCAGCAGCUGAACUCAGGUACCGAGCUUGGUUCCAUACAGAGGGGCCCAUUGCUUUCUGUUUGCUCUGGUUAUUUGGGUUGUGGCCAUGGUCGGACUGGGCUGGAGCUUGUAACUGAGAUGGGGGGCCCCAGGCAAGAGCACGUUGGGCCCCACAUACUGGUUGUGACUGCUCCAAUUAACUACAGGAUGCCCUGUAAGUGCUCUAAUAGGUUGGCAGCUAACCAAUAAGCAGUGAGGAUUGUUCUUGCAUAAGGAGGGGUGAGAAUUGCAUUGGAAACCAAAUAAUGUUUUCUAGUUAAACUCCAAAAAAAAAAGCAUUUUGGGUUUGUCUUGGGAAGGUGAGGAUGAUUAUUGAAUUGAUAUAUAGAUAUAUAUACUUACAUAAAGGGAGGGUGGAGUGAGAAGUAAUUACAGUGCUAAUGCUGUGGUUUGCAUUUGCCCACAAUGGUGCCUUACACUAUAAAUGGGCAGCAGCUUAUGGGUAAUGGCACGCUGGCCUGUUGGCGCAGAACUGCCCCGUGUGUGGCUCUGGGGGGGCUUCCCAAGCUCAGCUUAGCGCUCUGACAGCUGCUGCCGCUGUGUAUUUACCCUUUAUUGUAUUUCUUUUGCCAUCCCAAAUAUUCUGCCUUGGAUACAGGGUAAAGCCCAGUACCUGCCGGCCUAUCGAGUGCUGAAUCCCUUCUAUCUGCUAAGCUUUAAUGAGUGCUCUUGGGCUCGGAGACAUUGGCUUUACUGCAUUUACUUGUAAAUAUUCUCAGAUAAAGCAUAUUUUUGUACGUAGGCGUAGAGCACAGUAAAUAUAUAUUCACAUUUUUAUUGCUUUCUGUGGUGACCGAGUUUCCUUUUCGAGUGCAGGGAGAGAGGAUUCUGCUCAGGAUUUAUUCAUAUUUCUAAGAUUCUGUAUUUUUCUAUUACACGCACCAUAAAUGUUCUGUAUUAAAUUCUGUGUAUGGGGUCUGAGCAAUCAUGAUCCAGUCUGUGAGCGGAACCUACCUCAGCUAUAGAGCAAUAGAGCGAGGCUAAUGUCCCCCCCCUGCUCUUCCUCCCUGGCCACUCCGCUUAGGGCUUAGCCCCUUUAACUGCCCGAGCUCACUAACCUGUGCCAACUUCAUGUUUAAUGCCCCCAGAACCCAUUGCAUUAAAUACAGCGCCAAUAUUAUGAACACAACUGCAGCCUGUUUGUUAGCAGCAUGGAAGCAGGGAGAGGCAUAACAGGGUAUUAAUGGGUAGGAGAGGUAAAUAUCAAGUUGUGGGGGCAGUGACAGUCAGUAUGGGGGUAAGUUUGCAGGGAGUGAAGGAACAGAAUGCAAUAGAGACAGACGGGCGCUGCUCCCAGUGGCAGUUACAUUAAUGCAGAGGGACGUGUAUUGGGAAGUUUCUGUUUGUGUUCAUAUUUUGUAUCUUAUUGUCCCCUUUAAUCUUUAUCAAUUCUCCUUGUCACUUCUGUUGGUACCUGAUAAAAUGGCGACCCCGUGAGUCCUACACCAUAGAAUUAAAUAGAAAGCGGGUUUUUACUGUGGCUAAUACUUUGCUAAAUCUGCCUCUGUAUGCUCUAUGUAGCGGGUGGGGGUAGGACUCACAGGGCCCCUAGCAGGGAAUUUACUGCCAUUUUAUAAGGUACCCACAGAAGUGACGAGGAGAAUUAAUUCAUACAGUGAUGUCACAUGCCUUUCCUUACGUUACAGGGGGAAAUACUGCAAUAAAUGGAAUUAUGAGCAGUGUAUAAUAGGUAUAAAGAUUCUACAGUUAUUGUGUAUGUGUCAUUUCUAUUAAUUGUCUCUUACUGUUCCUCCUCUGCUCUCCCACCCAUAGUCGGAUCUCCCCCAGCCUAACUCCACUUCCCAUAAUGCCUUGCAUGUUCUGUAAUGAACAAUGCAUUGUGGGAACCUGGAGUAUUGGCUGGGGGAGAUGAGAUUUCCAGGAGGAGACACACGGGGACAGACAGACGGACAGAGCUCUCAGUAUCAGUCACAUUUACUCACCAGUAUAACAUUCUCCAUGUUCCAUUGGGCAGUUGCCUGGAAGAGCAUUUUCUUCCAUUAAACAACAAAAAGUCAUUAUUUGGUCAGACUUCCCCUUGAACUUUUGCUGAAAUAUUUGCUUUAAUGAAACAUUAUUAGACAAUGUCCUGUAUAGUUUUUCUAUCAUUGUGAGAGAAAUGUUCAUUUUUAAUAUUCGGCACAUUUUAUGGGUGACUUUUACGCUUCUAUGAACGGAUGUGGUUCCGGGCGCUCAGAGCGGCGCCUUUUUAUACCGGAAAAGUGUCAUUUUGUUUUGCUUAAAUAAGAGAAGAAAAAAAUCAUUAAAAAUGAAUAAAAAAGAAAA